GUGAUAAGAAAAAGUGAGUUGGAGCCACGGUGAUUCGUACAUGAAUCAAGACUCAUUCACAGAGACACGUAAUAGUAAUAGUAAAAAUAAUUGAACAACCAACGCACUUUUUUCGCGGGAAGCACGUUUAACGAACUACCUUCUUCCUUUCCAAAACUGAAAAUCAAAAUCCCCGCUUUGCUGUCUCAAUUUUCUUCCUCCUCCACCCGCGAAAAUCUCUCCCUCUGUCACAAACACCUUUCUUUUCUUCAUUCAAACCUCUCUCUAUCUCUCUCUCAUCACAAUGCUAUGAAGAAUCCCAACCUCAUCAUCGAUCCAUGUCGUCGAUUCCUCCGCCGCAACCGCCGCCGAAUUCCUCAACAACCGAUCCCUCUCCAUCGACGCCGUCACCUGUCUCCGCCAGAGCAAACAAGCUCCAGAAAAUCCCUCACAUUCUGAAUCGACACACCGCGGUAAUAUCCUCCUCCAAUGAAGUUGAAGAAGGCGAAGAAGAUAACAACAAUAACAACAGCAAGAAUGAUGAUGAGGAACAAUGUGUUGAACUCGAACGUGCUGAUUCUUCUUCUUCCAUUUUGCUUGCGUCUUCUUUAGGUCUUAAUCACAUUCGAACGCGAUUCUCCUCUCCUCUUCGUCAUUCUUCUUCGGCUGGUGCUCCUUCGUUCAUCGGAAAAGACGCUGUUCUACAUGUCGCUAUCAACAAUGUCGCCAAAUCUAAAUUCAAAUCUUCACAUCCAAAAGACCUAGGGGAAAAAGUUCAUCGGAAUCAAUGUAAAUCAUUGAAAGCUCAUUCACAACUCCUUCCUGGGCUGGAGGGUAAUCAUGCAGCUUUCGCCAAAGAAAUACAAUCCCCACGUUUUCAGGAAAUCCUUCGACUUACAAGUGGCAGGAAAAAGAGAAACCGUGAUAUUAAAAGCUUUUCUCAUGAACUCAACUCCAAAGGAGUUAGGCCUUUUCCAAUUUGGAAACAUCGUGGGCAUGUGGAGGAAGUCAUGGUGGCGAUUAGAGCUAAGUUUGAAAAGCUAAAGGAAGAAGUUGAUUCUGAUUUGGGUGGUUAUGCUGGUGAUUUGGUGGGUAGUCUUGAAAAAGCAUCUGAGUCUCCUUGUGAAUGGAAAGAGGGGUUGGAAGAUUUGUUGGUUGUUGCACGACAAUGUGCAAAGAUGUCGCCUACUGAGUUUUGGAUCAAAUGUGAAACUAUUGUUCAAAAACUAGAUGACAAACGUCAAGAAAUACCAGUGGGGAUCCUCAAGCAAGCUCAUACUCGCCUUUUGUUUAUUCUCUCUAGGUGCACUCGUCUAGUGCAAUUCCAGAAGGAAAGUGGUUAUGAACAAGAUCACAUUCUGGGUCUUCACCAACUCAGCGAUCUUGGAGUAUAUUCCGAGCAAAUUUUGAAGGCUGCUGAGAAUUGCGGUCUUCCACCCAGUGGACAUGAGAUGGCUGAGAAGCAGUUGAAAAAGUCGCAUGGAAAAGAGGAAGACAAACCAAUAACAAAACAAAGUCAAGCUGACCAACAUGAGAGUGGUGUGAUUGACAAUGUGGAAGUUACUACAGCUAAAAGUGUUGAGUCUACUCCUAGCAGCUAUAAGAUGUCUUCAUGGAGAAAGCUUCCAUCAGCUGCUGAGAAAAAGCGCAAAGAUCAAGAUGCAGUAGAUUUCUCAUCAAAAGGUGAACCUGAUCCAUUGCUAGUGAAAGAUGAAAAUGCUGAAAAUUUGGAUACUAUGUCAUGUCACCGUGAACAUUCACAGUCGUCAUCUAGAACGCGAAAGGUUUCUUGGGGAUUUUGGGGUGAUCAGCAAAAUCUAGCAUAUGAUAAUUCAAUGAUCUGCAGGAUUUGUGAGGUUGAAAUACCAAUCGUACAUGUGGAGGAGCAUUCUCAAAUAUGCGCAAUUGCUGAUAAAUGUGAUUUGAAAGGCUUAACUAUAAAUGAGCGGCUCGAAAGAGUUUCCGAAACUAUUGAAAGGUUACUUGAAUCUUGGACACCUAAAAGUACUGAUACUCAUGGAGAAAGCUUUGAGGCUGCUAGAGUGUCAACAUCAAGUUUGCAUGAAGAAUUCAAUGAGUUAUCUCUAGACAGAAAUAACUUGUCUCGUAGAUGCUCUGAAGACAUGCUUGAACCUACUCCUGAUCCUGACAAUAGUUUUGCCGCAGAUGAUCUGAACCUUUCAUCUGAAAUAAUAAAACCUGAUCAGGGCACAAAGGUAUCAUCACCUGGAAGCUUGACUCCGCGAUCACCGUUGGUUACACCAAGAACAAGUCAAAUAGAAAUGCUACUAAGUGGAAGAAGAGCAGUUUCUGAUUUUGAGAGUUAUGACCAGAUAAAUAAGCUAGUUGAAAUAGCUCGUGCUGUUGCAAAUGUGAACAACUGUGACUACAGUGCUUUGGAGUAUAUGCUUGAUCGCUUGGAAGACCUGAAAUACGCAAUUCAGGACAGAAAAGUGGAUGCACUUAUUGUGGAGACUUUUGGCCGACGAAUAGAGAAACUUUUGCAGGAGAAAUAUGUAACCCUUUGUGGGCAAAUAGAAGAUGAAAAGGUAGACUCAUCACAUAGCAUGGCUGAUGAAGAGAGUUCGGUCGAUGAUGAUACAGUCCGUAGUAGCCUUCGUGCUAGCCCGAUUAAUCCUUGUUCUAAGGACAGAACUUCUAUUGAAGAUUUUGAAAUAAUAAAACCAAUAAGCAGGGGGGCAUAUGGACGAGUUUUUCUUGCCCGAAAAAGAGCAACUGGUGAUUUAUUUGCUAUUAAGGUUCUGAAAAAGGCAGAUAUGAUUCGUAAAAAUGCCGUUCAAAGUAUUUUGGCUGAGCGAGACAUCCUUAUAUCUGUUAGGAACCCUUUCGUGGUCCGAUUUUUCUACUCUUUCACAUGUAAGGAAAAUCUUUAUUUGGUUAUGGAGUAUUUAAAUGGCGGCGAUCUCUAUUCUAUGUUGAAAAACCUAGGAUGCUUAGAUGAAGAUAUGGCUCGUAUAUAUAUUGCAGAAGUUGUUCUUGCAUUGGAGUACUUGCAUUCCUUGAAUAUAAUUCAUAGAGACUUGAAGCCGGAUAACUUGUUGAUUGGUCAAGAUGGUCACAUUAAGUUGACGGACUUUGGACUCUCAAAAGUUGGUCUCAUCAACAGCACGGAUGAUUUAUCAGCACCCUCAUCUUUCACUAAUGAUUUUCUAGGCAAUGAUGAACCAAAACCUCGACAUGUUUCAAAGAGGGAAGCACGUGAACAACAAAAAGUAGUUGGCACCCCAGACUAUUUGGCACCCGAAAUACUUCUGGGCAUGGGACAUGGUGUAACUGCAGAUUGGUGGUCUGUGGGUGUCAUACUUUAUGAGCUUCUUGUGGGUAUUCCACCUUUUAAUGCAGAACAUCCACAGCAAAUUUUUGAUAACAUAAUUAACAAAGACAUACAAUGGCCAAGGUUUCCCGAGGAGAUCAGCUAUGAAGCUUACGAUUUGAUGAAUAAAUUGUUAAUUGAGAACCCAGUCCAAAGAUUAGGUGCUACAGGAGCUACGGAAGUUAAACGCCAUGUUUUCUUCAAGGAUAUUAAUUGGGAUACACUUGCAAGGCAGAAGGCUAUGUUCAUACCAUCAGCUGAAGCUCUUGAUACAAGUUAUUUUAUGAGCCGGUAUGUAUGGAAUCCAGAGGAUGAACAUUGUGCUGGAGGUAGUGAUUUUGAUGGCAUUACUGAUACAAGCAGCAGUGGUUCAGGAAGUGAUGCAUUAGAUGAAGAUGGUGAUGAAUGUUGUAGUUUAGCAGAAUUCGAUGGUGGUCCUGCUCUUGAGGUUCAGUACUCGUUUAGUAACUUCUCAUUUAAGAAUUUGUCUCAGCUAGCGUCUAUCAAUAUGGUGAUUAAGAACUCCAAGGAAUCACCCAAUGACUCCAACCCAUCUGUUUCGUGAUAUAGCUAGAGGUCUGUAAAUUUCUCCAAGCAGUAAAGUUCAAAUAGGCGGAACUUCUUGAAGAAAACAAUAUGAACAUUUAUAAUCUGUGAUUGAUAUCAACUUAGCAGCAAAGGGACGUGCAUCAAAAUUCUUUUUUAUUCUCUGCUUCAUUUUAGUUUAGAGACCCGAAUUCCUUACAUAAAUGUCGACCAUCGAUGUGAGAUCAGAUGGUUUCAAUUACACAUAUACGAAAUCAAUUUUAAAUGAUCUACACCGUUGAUUGAGAUCCGAUGGUCGAGGGAUGUAACUGGGUCACAUUAGGGAUUUCGUUUCAAUAGUUUAAAAUGACAAUUAUUUUUUCUAGGAUCUAGUUGAGUGAGACCUUAGACCGCAGUUUAGUGUCUUACACCCUUUACUAAAAUCAGAGUCUUGUGGAAAAUGCAUCUUGAAGGGUUUAGGUAGCUUUAUCUCUUGUACAUAUACGCAUUGUAGUAGAACAAUGAAUAGAUUAAAGUGAAAUUCACUUUGGUAGUUUUAAAAGCAGUGUUUCAGCUA